AUGUCUUAUAAUUACGAGGAACUAAGUCUAAGUGAAGCAACUGAUUUGUUGCGUCAAUGGCGCGAAAAUAAUGAAAGGAAAAGUAAGGAGAUUCUGGAAUUAUGGUCAACUGUACUAGAGGUGAACCUGAAUAAAUAUGGCAAUGAAAAAUAUGUUAUAUUUGAACAAAUAAUUUAUGCUGCUCUUGACUGUCAUUAUUAUGGUAUAGCGCAUUCACUGAUAUACACUCUGUCAGUUGAGUUUCCAGGGAGUCUUAGAGUAAUGCGUUACAAAGCAGCACUGCUCGAAGCUGAAGAGAAAUAUGAUGAGGCACUUAACAUUCUUGAUAGUAUUAUAAAAGCUGAUGAAACUAAUGCGGCAGCAAGGAAAAGGCGAGUUGCCGUGCUGAAGGCACGAGGCCUUAUAAAUGAAGCUAUAAAAGAACUUGCAGACUAUUUAAAAAAAUUCAUGUCAGACGUUGAGGCGUGGCAAGAGUUGUGUGAGCUCUAUCUCCAGGUACAGGAGUAUGGGCGUGCCGCCUUCUGCGCCGAGGAGCUGAUUCUUCAUCAGCCCCACAAUCAUUUGAUGCACCAACGCCUUGCCGACAUCCGUUACACUAUGGGUGGCAUAGAGAACAUGGAAUUGGCGAAAACCUACUACUGCCAAGCACUGAAGUUGAAUCCGGACAACAUUCGUGCAUUAUUAGGCUUGUUCUUGGUGGCGAAUAACCUUGUGGGCCAUUACAAGUCCUCGGGCAGUUCCAAACGGAAAGAGGCUUGGAAAUAUGAUGCUGUCCCUCUCACUUGCCGAGUAGAUUAUACUUUAAUACAAAGGGAAAAGUGCAAGAAACUAUCUUCAAAU